AUGUCCUUCAGCGGCAACACGAGCCAGCCGCCCCCUUCUGCGUCUCCCCUCAUCCACGUGUCGUCUUCACCGUCACCGCCGUGGGAGGAGGAUCGCUCAAAUGAGACUCUGCUCGCAGACUUGUCAGGUCUCGGCCACGACGAGCAAUGUCACACGUCUCCCAUCCUCACGGCCUUUCUGGUGGCGUGGUACAGCGUCACAAUGGUGCUGGGCCUAGUGGGCAACGUCGGCCUUAUCUGCAUAAUUACCCGGCGCCGGGAGAAAGCCAACGUCACCAGCAUUUUCAUCUGCAAUCUGUCAUUCUCUGACAUUCUGGUAUGUGUCUUCUGCCUCCCGUUCACACUCAUAUACACGCUCAUGGACCACUGGGUGUUCGGGUCACUGCUGUGCCGCCUGGUGCCCUUCAUUCAAUGCAUGUCCGUGACCGUCUCCAUCCUCUCGCUGGUUUUUAUUGCCCUCGAGAGACACCAGCUCAUUAUAAACCCGGCUGGCUGGAAACCCAGCAUUCCGCAAGCCUAUGCGGUCGUCUGCAUUAUCUGGAUUCUAGCCUGCUUCACAUCCUCUCCUUUCCUGGCCUUUCAGCUGCUCACGAACGAGCCCUACGCCAACGUGAUCCCGCCCCAGCCUGCCCUCUAUCGCGUCUCGCUCGCCAACUCGUCCGUGCCUCACAAUUUACUCCAUUAUCACAACCUUUACACGUCCUUGCACAUGGAAGCCUGUCUUGAGCACUGGCCCUCCCAGCAUCAGCGGCUGACCUACACCACGUGGCUUCUGCUUUUCCAGUACUGCGGCCCUUUGAUUCUCGUCCUGCUGUGUUACGUGCGGGUGUACGUGCGCCUGCGUCACCGCAAAGACAUGCUAGACCGUGCCAGGACGCCGGAGAGCCAGCGCAUGAGUCACAGCCGUCGCAUCAACAUCAUGCUGGUGGCCCUGAUCACGGCCUUCGCGCUUUGCUGGCUGCCACUCAAUAUUUUCAACGCCGUGUCUGACUGGAACCAGGAUGCUUUGCCCGUGUGCCACCACAACCUCCUCUUCUCCCUCUGCCACCUCCUGGCUAUGUCAUCCACCUGCAUCAACCCUAUCAUCUAUGGCUUUCUCAACUCUAACUUCAGGCAGGAAGUGAAAGAGGUGCUUCAGUACUGGUGUUGCUGCCCUCUGGAGGAGGAACGUGAGCCCCUCCCCAUGUCCACCGUGCACAUGGAGGUGUCUCGUACAUCAGUGCCACUUCCCUGCAGGAGUAACUCUGUGUGA